CUUCAGCCUUCACCUGUCCACUUCACCUGCGGCCUCGCGGAAAUGAAGGACAGCGUCAGCGUCGAACACCGGGCCACUGCGGCCCCUUCCCAGUCCCGGGCAGAGCGCUGCCUCCUGCCUGCCCUCUGGGGGGAGCUGCAGGGCCGCGGGGGUCAGCAGCUGUCUGGGUUGGGCCGUUCUGCAGUCACAGCCGGUGACCAAAGGGAUGAGUCACUUCCUCUCCCUGCGCCGGCGGCUCCCGGCGUUCCCGCAGCUACUGAGCUCCCGGGGGUCAGGAAGGUCCCAGAAACACGUCCCAAAGGGGAAACCGAGGCCGGAGAGAGCAAGGACCACAGCGGCCACGGCCCGGGCCCAUUCCCGACCCCGCCCUGGGAGGCCCCGCAGUCUUUCUCGCGGCCCGUCCACCCGGCGCUCGGGCGGGACACCUGCAGACCGACCUGCGCUCCGGCGCGAGCCAGCGGCGACGGUGACGGUGCUGCAGCGGUGGACGGAAUGGCCUCCGCGGGGGCCGCAGCGACGGAGCCCGAAAAUCACAGCACCUGCUUCGUGCAGCUUCGCAAUCCGCACAUAGCAAGGAUGAAGGAAGACGUCCUCUACCAUUUCAACCUGAGCACCAGCACGCACGAUCUCCCCGCCAUGUUUGGGGAUGUGAAGUUCGUGUGUGUUGGGGGCAGCCCUUCCCGGAUGCAGGCCUUCAUCAAAUACGUGUCCUCUGAGCUGGGCCUCGGCCGGCCAGAUGAGGACUAUCCCAACAUCUGCGUGGGGACCGACCGCUAUGCCAUGUUCAAAGCGGGGCCAGUGCUGUCCGUCAGUCACGGCAUGGGCAUCCCCUCCAUCGCCAUCAUGCUGCACGAGCUCCUCAAGCUGCUGUACCACGCCCGCUGCUCCGGGGUCACCGUCAUCCGCAUCGGCACCUCUGGAGGGAUAGGUCUAGAGCCGGGCUCCGUGGUCAUCACGCGGCGGGCGGUGGACGCCCGCUUCCGGCCGGAGUUCGAGCAGGUGGUCCUGGGCGAGCGGGUGGUCCGCAGCACGGAGCUGCAUGAGCCGCUGGCGCGCGAGCUGCUGCAGUGCUCCGCGGACCUGCGCGAGUUCGGCACGGUGGUGGGCGACACCAUGUGCACCUUGGACUUCUACGAAGGGCAAGGCCGCCUGGACGGCGCUCUCUGCUCCUACACGGAGAGGGACAAGCAGGAGUACCUGCGGGCGGCCCACGCGGCCGGCGUCCGGAACAUCGAGAUGGAGUCCUCCGUGUUUGCAGCCAUGUGCCGUGCCUGUGGCCUCCGAGCGGCCGUGGUGUGUGUCACCCUCCUUGACCGUCUGGAAGGGGACCAGAUCAGCAGCCCCCGCGAGGUGCUGGCUGAGUUCCAGAAGCGGCCGCAGCGGCUGGUGGGCCACUUCAUCAAGAAGUGCCUCGCAGUGGCUUGAAGGACCCUGCGUCUGGAAGACGAGUGGCCAUCACUGCUGCAAAUAAAACCAUUGUCCCAAGCCCCUUCUGCGUGACGCGUGCACACGGCACAUGAGACUUGGGGACAGGGGCGCGUCUCGGAGGCGGGGAACCCCCCACUCGCUACACGGGGUUCGCUGGCUGGGCUGCUUGGGGGCGUUUUCGGUGUCGUUCUUCUGAUUUGGGUUUUCCUUAACAGCGUUUCCCGGAAAAAUGAAAUAUUCCUAGUGAAAAAUGUCAGACCUUUACGUUCUAAUGGUGGUUAGAUUUACUUCACUAAAUGAGAAAUCCAGUUAUAGUGCCAGGAAA